UACAAAGCAAGUCCAAUGCCCAACCUGAACUGUACGAGCUCUUCCAGUGCUCAGUCAUCGUCGAGUUUUCAAACAAAGCGAUAUUCAGGAAUACUCGUUUUUAUUUCUUUCUUUCGACGCGAAGGUCUUGGCUCGCUGCGCUGCUCAGUUCAGUUCAUUUAUAAAUAUUCCACAGACAUGGCUGAACGAAACGAUGCACCGCUUUGUGGUGGCGUAUCGGCGGAGCUGCAAGGCGCUGAUUUGGAGCAGGCCGUGGAGCUGUUGAAUACCUCGCUGGCCAAAGUGGCUGCCACUGGCGAUAAGCCCAGUUUUAAGGUUGUUAAGGUCAAGUCGGUGACAUCGCAAGUGGUUGCCGGCAGACUUUAUCAUUACAAGCUGCAGCUGGCCCAGGGCGAUGACAUUAAAGAGAGCUAUGUUAAGAUCUGGACGCAGCCCUGGCUGCCGGAGAAUAGCAUCAAUAUAACCAUCAAGUGCGAGGGCGAUGACAACGUGAUUGAGAGCACCUUUUAAAGAUUUAAACAGCUGCUGCAUGUUAAAUACACAUUAAGAUCUAAUAUCGUUUUUAAUUAAUUGUAUUCAAAUAAAAACUAAUGCCAUAAGUACGCCCCAUUUGUCUAUAAAUAGGCACUACGGCUGGCAGGCAAUAUCAGUUUCUAUACAAAAA